AUUUAUCGAAUUAGUGAACGUUUAUAUUAUUACAGUUAUAUCUGUUUUGUGUGAUUUUGGAUAUAUGUAUUUAUCUUACCAGGAAAAAACAACAAGCAGAUAAACAACAAACAGUGUUAUUUAAUUGGAAUUUGUAUUAGAAUCAAAGAGAAAGUAAUUCUGUAUGAAUAUAGAAAUAAGGUUUGACAUAUUUUGUAUAAAAACUUUAAAGUAUUUUAUCAUGAUACAUUAAACGCAUAUUCUCUGGUUGAAAAGGAAAUCUUAAUCGUUGAAUGAAAUUAAUAUCAUUUAUAAAUAAAGGCUUGGUACGAUUCAGAUAAAAGUAAUCAGUCUUAUCUAAAAUUGAGAUUUUACAAUUGAAAUAUUAACAUUCUUUCUCAAUGUGUCAAACUAAAUAAGAGUUAACGUGUACAUAAUUGAAGCUGGAACAACAUAUUUUGUAAUUUUACGUUCUAUAUGGGUUGCAGUAGGUUAAAUCAAUAAGUGGGAAACCUGAUAUGACGUACAUGUCAAUCGUAUCUACUCGGGUCUCGCCGUCAAUAGGUGACAAAAAAGAAGAAAGAAAAUAUAUACUGAAGAAGCAACCAAAAGGACAAAAUUAAACGAAGGUUCAUACACAAUAAUUACGUUUCAUUUUGUAUGUUCUAUGAAAGCUUCAUCCGGACUAUAUCCAUGUAAAUGAUAUGGGGUUGGACUAUUUAGGGCCAAUCAUACUUUUUACUUGUCUGAACAACGUUUUUGGUGUAAGUGUACCAUGUGGUGAAACAUAUCUUGCUAAAAAUGGUCACCAGUGUUACCCAUGCAGUGCGGGAUAUUAUAUAGUUUCGGAUUGUGUGAUAGACGGGGAACAGUCAAGAUGUAAACCUUGUGGAAACUGGGAAUAUCUUCCCAAGUGUGAUAAUUCAACACAGUGUAAGAAGUGUGAUCUGUUUUGUCAUGGAGGACAGAUUGAAAUUAAAGCAUGCACACCAUCCAGUAACCUACAAUGCCAGUGCAAAGAUGGUUAUUAUUGGAAACCGGACCCAGAUCGAAUUUGUACAAAACAUAGGAAAUGCAACCCUGGAGAAGGAUUAAAGACAAAAGGAACACCAUAUGAUGAUACAAUAUGCGAGCCAUGCAAAAACGGCACAUCAUAUUCCAAUUUGACUUCAUAUAACGAAUGCACACCAUGCUCUGUCUGCAAUAUAACGCAAAGAAGCUGUAACAAUAUCCAUGAUGCUGUUUGUGGCGGCAAACCGGGAGGCACGACGAACACUCCCGAAGCUGCUACUUAUAAAUCCUUGGUGAUAGCGUUAGGUGUAGUGGGUGGUGUUAUCUUUGUCGUCGUCGUAGUCGUUUUCCUCUGUAUCAGACACAGACAUAAUACUGGCAAUGGCAGAGUGCAGACGUCUAGUAAUAUUAGUAAUGGACGUGUAAACAUACCUCCAGAUAGCCAAUCCACCAAAAACUCGGACAAACGUAGUCCAGAUGUGACAGGUCGACAACAAAACGGUCUCAAUUGUCUAAGAGAUGUCAGAAAUGACACAAAUAAUAAGCCUACGUCCAGUAAUGAACUGCGAGAUGAAGGUGUUUCUAAAAACUCUAAAGAACUGGAAGGAAAUCAAUCUCUGAAAAAUCAUGACAAGGACGACGAAUGCUGUAUUGAUAUGACAGGCAACAAUGUGGCAUAUAGUUCUGGCAGUAAAGCAGCUGAUCCGUCAGUUCAGAAAGGAUCAUUAAAUGGACAAGCUAACGAAGAAUGGUCGACUGGGCGAAUUACCGCUAAUGAGAUGAACAAAAACUUUGAAGAAAAGAAAUUUGAGCCAGACAGCAAAACUGAUAAACCAGAUAGUACUGAACAAAUAUCUUUAAACAAUGGCAGUAACAUAUCUAAAACUGAGGCUCAUGAUGUAAAUGAAAUCGGCGCCAUAAACAACGACUAUAGCAAAGCUAAUGGAACUCUAUCCCACACGAGCAUAGAUGCUGCAGGUGUUCCCUCGAGACAUGUUCAACCAGAGACGUCAUCAUUGCAAAGUUCUAGAGAUAAUAGAAGAGAAACCAAAUUUUAUGCAACUGAUGAUAUCAAUACGGUUGAAACUGGGUGUAUCCCUUUAUUGGGAGCUGUAACUUCAGUUCAGUCAGACGGUAAUGGACAAUCUGAUAAUGGAAACGGGACAGUUUUAUCUGAUAAACGUUGUUAUGAAGUGUUUACCUUCAUGUCUCAACACUUAAAAUGGAACACGUUUUUGAAGUUCUACAGGCGACUUAUAGCGGACACAGAUAGUAAGGCGCUAUCAAAUGUUGAAGCUGAUAUUGAGCACACUCGUCAAGAAUGUCAGCCUGUCGAAGAGACAAUAUACCGGCUAAUGCAUAUCUGGAAACAGAGGAACCCUAAUGGCACAAUGCAAAGUAUUGUUGAGGCAUUAGACAAAUGUGAGGAGAAGCUCAUGUGCGAAAAACUAAUGUCAUUUAUAAACAAUCUUACAAAAACUGAUAAGGUUAAUGGUGCUUUAAAGAGUGAUAUUGUGCCAAACAUUGAUGAAAGACAUGCUCGUGGUGAGCUUUCUACAUCUGCACAGACUGUAGACAAUGGAGGAAUUGUGUAAGGAUGUGUUUAGGAAAGAAACCAUUCCUUAAACCAUGAGCUAUAUGAUAUAAUAAACUAGAGAGUUCCUGUAAGAAAUAAUUAAGCUCAAAUAAGCCAACCUAGACGUUAUUAAGGAAAAAAAAGAAAACAAACAAAAUACAAACAUAUUAAAAUAAAAGCCACAAAAGCACCGUAUAUGCUUGGCAGUUCUUCAUUUUCAGUAUAUUGUAUUCGGUGUACACUGUAUGUAAUUUUCAUACAUCUGCUAAAAUGACACUUAAAAAUGUAUUUUUUUCAGUUAUUUCACAUAAUUAUACAAAUUAUAUGCAUAAUAUAUUCGGUUUUGAUCUCAUUAUGUAGAUACUGUGUGAUUAGAUAUGAUAGACAUUGUUUCUUUCUUUUGUGUCAGUUUCCAUGCUGAAGUAUUAAGAGCCGCGCCAUAACAAAUCCAACAUAAUGCGUAUGCGACCAGCAUGGAUCCAGACCAGCCUGUGCAUCCACGCAGUCUGAUCAGGAUCCUUGCUGUUUGCAAUCAGUGUCUCCACUUGUUAUAGUGUUUGUAAGCGAACAGCAUGUAUCCUGAUCAGCCUGCGUGGAUGCACAGGCUGGUCUGGAUCCAUGCUAGCCGCAAACGCAUUAUGUUGGUUUUGUCAUGGCGCGGCUCUUAUUAUUAUUAUUAUUAGUAGUAGUAGUAUGUUGUGCCAAAGGGAAACUUGAAAUUGUCACAUAUUCUUAAUCAUCAGCAACUUUGCUGUUGAAUUUUACCGUAAAAGCAAUAUACAUUUCGUGUUCUCUCAGCUGGAACAAGGUAGUCUUGCUACCAUGUGUUAACAAUCUUUUUUACAAACAAUUUGUACGAUAUUUUAAAAUAUUGCCGCUGAACCUCAUAUCAAGUUUUUCGAUUAUUGAAUUCUUCCUAGUCUGGUGCUAGUUUGCUUUAGAGAUAUUUAGUUGUUCUUUGUAUAUCUAGAAUAGUUAGUAAGUUAAUUAUUAUCUUGAUAUACGUAAAUGCUCCCUACUUGAGGGGCCUGCCUUCUGUAGAAUGUUUAAUAUAAGAAUAAAGGGUUUAGUAAGGCGACCUUUAAUGUUCUAUUUUGUUCAUUUUAUAGAUUGUCAUCAUAAUUUGUAAACGCAAUCAGGUUAAAUUUAAUAUUUAAGUAUUGUUUAAAUUCCAUUAUUUUCUACUAAAUAUGGGUAUUCAGUGUUGAUAUUCGUUGUUUUUAUAUAGAGUUUACCAAAAUUAGAAAUAAAUUAAUUAUUGAUAUAUGUUUAA